AAACAACAGACAGAAGCCGUCGAUAUAACAACCGAUAAACAACCUUUUUUUGCUUUCUCAUAAAUGGCAAAAGGCCUUUACCUUUCUAAAACCUAAAGGGAGAACAUUGAAUUUAUUGCCAGAUAAAAACAUGUUCACAAGACUAAACAUCAAUACACCACUGAAAGUCCAAUCGAAGAAUAUGACAAAAAGUGUUGUCUUAAGAGCCACUAAAGCUACGGAUGUAUCUAAACAACAGGAUACUGACAUCAAACCCACUCCACCAGGACAUGCAUCGGAGAUGAAAGAAGACUCCGAGUCAGAAAGAAUGAAAGAGUUCCGAAAGAAAUUAAAGUUAGAACCUAUACCCCGAAUAUCCCCAGGAAUGAGAUUCGUGGAUCUGGUUCUGGUGGAAACGGACCCAAAGACUGGGGAAUUAAUACCGGACAGCGAAAAGGAGCCAACAAAGUGGGGAGAUUGGCAGAUCGGAGGGCGAGUAAGCGACUUCUGAAAGCUUCGAC